CAGCUUCCGGGUAAAUGUCAGAACACUUCCGCUAAAACUUCCUCUGCUUUGCUUUCAAUGUUGACAGUUUGUUAACUACUGAAAAUAAUAGUUUUUCCAUGUUUUGAUUUUUGUUUUAAACAUAGUUUAAAUCGGAUUAGCAGUGGGCAGUACAUCAGGAAUGAUACGUCGCUCGGUUAUUAGCCGCUGCGGGGGUUUAGUGGGAAAUACUCGCAUGUUUUCUUCACUGUUAGUGAGCUAAGCCGCUAGCUGUCUAGCCUGCUGUACAGCUGCUGUGUGUCCGGGAGUCUGCACUGAAAGCCAAGAGUAUGUUUCUCGCUGUGCUUCUGUUAUGCUUCUACUUGUUUUGAAUAACCUGUGCAGCAUGGAAUCUGAGGGCAUCGUGAUCCGGAUAAAGACGCCGGUGGGAGACAUGGACUCCUCAGUGGACUCUCCAUCACAUCUCAACUUUAACGAUCUGCUGGCCGCGAUCAGGGAUGUCAUGCCUGAAGCCACAGUCACAGCUUUUGAAUAUGAGGAUGAAGUUGGUGACCGAAUCACGGUUCGCAGUGAUGAGGAGCUCAAAGCCAUGCUGUCGUAUUAUUGCAACACAGUAAUGGAGCAACGCAUCAAUGGACUGUUACCUGAGCCUUUACAGAUAUUUCCACGAGCCGGUAAGACCCCAGGGAUCCGCAACAUACACGGCUUGAAGGUGAACACGCGGCCCGAAUCCUCGAGUGGCAGGGGCUCCUCUGCGGCUGAUUCCCGGUCCAAUGAUAGCAGUUUAAAGAAAUCUUCAGCUGAGCUUAAGAAGAUUUUGACAAAUGGACAGAUAAAUGAACAUGACCUCCAGUACCAGGAGCAGCUUGGCCAUGGAAAUGGCGGAACGGUUUACAAAGCUUACCACUUGCUUGGGAAGAGAAUUGUAGCGGUGAAGGUUAUUCCUCUCGACAUCACAGUGGAGCUGCAGAAGCAGAUCAUGUCUGAGCUUGAGAUCCUUUAUAAGUGUGAUUCUCCAUACAUCAUAAAGUUCUACAGUGCUUUCUUUGUGGAGAACAGAAUAUCAAUAUGCACUGAGUUUAUGGAUGGUGGCUCUCUGGAUGUCUACUGGAGAAUCCCAGAGCAUGUGUUGGGCAGAAUUGCUGUUGCGGUGGUAAAAGGAUUAACGUACCUCUGGAGCCUGAAGAUUUUACACAGAGAUGUGAAACCCUCCAACAUGUUGGUUAACACACGGGGUCAAAUCAAACUGUGUGACUUUGGAGUCAGCACACAGCUGGUGAACUCCAUUGCUAAAACAUAUGUUGGAACCAAUGCAUACAUGGCGCCAGAGCGGAUAUCAGGGGAACAGUAUGGUAUUCACUCAGACGUGUGGAGCGUAGGAAUCUCUUUCAUGGAGUUGGCAUUGGGCUCUUUUCCAUAUCCACAGAUUCAAAAGAACCAGGGUUCCUUAAUGCCUCUUCAGUUAUUGCAGUGCAUUGUUGAUGAGGAUCCUCCGGUGCUUCCAAUUGGUCAGUUCAGUGAGAAAUUUGUCCACUUCAUUACACAAUGUAUGAGGAAGCAACCCAAAGAAAGACCAGCUCCAAACAAUCUUAUGGACCACCCCUUUAUCAUGCAAUAUAAUGAUGGCAACACGGAGGUCGUGUCCAUGUGGGUGUGCCGCAGUCUAGAGGAGCGCAAAAGCCACCAAGCACAGAGACUCAUGUGAACAGCAGCGGCACCGGAUGGAAUUCUGGGAUAAUAUGGUGUCCACAUUUCCUAACUUUACUCUUCCACUGAACCUAGAGAAGCAGCAGCUGAUCUUGCAGCACCUCCCACAGAGCACCUCCUCCCAACCUUGAGUUAAAUGGUGCAUGGUGAGAGAA